CACCAGAGGCGGCGCGCGAGCCAGUAUGGCUGACGACGCGCGAGCUUCCGGGACGCGGUGACAAGAGCUCUCGUGCAAGGCUGCUGCGGGCCGCGGGAUGGGCACAGAAGCAGGCUAGCACUACUUGCCCUGCAUCACCAAAGCGCGUGACCACAUGGGCGCUCAUCGUCAUGGGGCCUCUUAGGCCUCAGUCAAGUCAACUUCUCUUUGUUUACGCGGUUGGUUCGUAGCAUCUCGCUCUCUCUCUCUCUCUCCAUUUUUUUAUAGCAAUAAUGGAGGCACCCAUCUCAGAACCUCAACCUCUUGAGCUAGUGCUCCACUGCUCCUUCGAGUGUUCUUCCCUUCAGCCAGUAUCCUUCAAGUGCAGCUCUCAGAUCCAUAGACUUCAAGAGGGCCAUCAGAAAUGGCGAGCCAGCAGAGUCUUGCUCUUGCGAGUACAUUACCAAAAGACCUACCCGUGACCUUUAUUAAGGAAAUUACCAAAGAUUUCUCUCCUGAACAAGAGCUUGGCCGAUCUGUUUUUGGAACAGUUUAUAAGGGGGUUCUUCCAGAAGGGGGUGGCAUGAUUGCUGUGAAGAGGCUUGCUGAAAAUGCAGCAGUGCCACUCGGUGUAUUAUUUGCAUCUGAGGUUACAAACCUUAUGGCACUUCAGCACGAAAAUAUAGUAAAGCUGGUUCACUACUGCCAUGAAGCGCAGAAGAAAGUGGUUCAGAAUAAUGGAAGAUAUGUGAUUGUAGACAUGACCGAAAGCUGCCUUUGCUACAAAUAUCUACCCAAGGGAAGUCUUGACAAUUAUAUUUAUGACACUACGUUAAUAAUCUGGGACACGCGUUUCAAAAUAAUUAAGGGGAUCUGCCAGGGUUUACAUUUCCUUCACAAGGAAUUGAUUAGUGGCCCCCUUGUUCAUAUGAAUCUCGCGCCUAACUCAAUAUGGUUGGAUGAUAACUGGGUUCCAAAGAUUGCUGAUUUUGGUCUCUCUAGACUCUUUGGCAAAGAGCAGACCCGAAUGUACACAGUCAACGUUAAGGGAUAUAAUGGGUACAUAGCCCCGGAAUAUCUAUACAGAGGUGAAAUCUCCACCAUGUCCGACAUAUAUAGUUUAGGCAUGGUUAUUCUUGAGAUCACGACUGGAGAGAAGAACUGUGCAGUUUCUCAAGACAGAUCUGCAAGACUGUUUGUCGACAAUGUACAUAAAAAUUGGCAGACAGAUGAGCAAAUAAUAAACAAGUACCCAUCACUAAAUCACAAUGGUCUCCAGCAAGUAAGAGCAUGCAUUGUAAUUGGGCUGAAGUGUGUGGAGGCCGAUCGGAACAGAAGGCCUUCCAUAGUUGAUAUUGUUAAUAAGCUCAAUGGAAAACGUACCAAUUUUUGAUUAGGUCUCCCCUUUCCAGCAUGCAAGAAACAUGAUCCUUCCAAGGAGAAAUUGAUGUCCAAGAUGAAGUGAAACCUACUCUAUGAGCAGUUGAUGACAUGAAUUCUCUUCAGAACUCAGAUCGUUGUUUUAUAAAUUCUCUUUUCCUGGAAACAGCGUGACACUGUAUUAUUGAAGUACUUUUCUCUCUGUUUGUCUCAUUUUAAAGUAAAAUUUCUGUUCCUUCACUGCAUGAAAAUAUUUGCCUUUUUUUCUGGACAGCAUAUCAUAACCUUUGUCACUGGAAAUUGUUGGGUUUCGGGGCUAUAUCUAUUAUACAUCGCACGAAUUUGCUGCCUGUA